AUGUGUCGGGCUCACGGUACCGAUUGUGUCUAUCCUCGGUCAGGGGAUAACUCCCAACGAGGCUCUGUAGCUUUGCCGCGGAAGUUGACUCCCAAGUCACGACAGACAAGGGCAGCACAACCGAAGAAGAGGCUUUCAGCGUCAGCCUCCCUUCACACCCAACAGGUAUCCAAUCAUGCAGUAGACGCAGUUAGCCCCCUAAGAGAAUUCGGCCUACAGACAAUCAACAGGCCUGCAGCCAGUCUAGAGGCACAAUCGUGCCCUCCCACUUAUGACCAUUUUAAUCGAGAGGCUUUUCCUAACCUGGUGGGCAUCGUUACCGAGGCCGGCGACGAUAGCUCGCAUAUAGUCAGUCCUGCAGUAGCCGAAGAUAACGAUGUUCUCGAGAGCUACCUCUCUACCGUUCCAGAUGCUCGGCGGAGGUCGAUAAUUCGGACGGAUCCGAACUCGAGACGGCCUGUGAGACCAGUGCUGUUCAACACUGUACCCAGGCGGCCAUUAGGAGUUUCUGCAAACCAGUCACUUCCCGCUACAAAGUGCGAAUUCAUCGAAAAAUACCUAGAGCCAGGCGUCAAUGAUGUUGUGGACCUGUUCUUUCACCAUGUCAACAUAUGCUUUCCUAUAGUUGAUGAAAUGUCCUUUCGACAUGUUUACUGCAGACACAAAGAAAAUAUCUCACCGGCUCUCCUUUGCAAUCUGUAUGCCAACGCUCUGAUCUACUGGGAGAACUCGCCUAGUUUGCGAUCCGGUCGCUAUCCUGAUAUCCGCUUUAUUUGGAACCAAGCGAACGAAGCUCUCCAUUCGGAGCUAUUCCUGUCUCCCGGGAUAUCAACGGUCAUGGCGAUUAUUCUGAAUGUCUGUGGAAGGCCAAGUACCUCCAUGUUCGGCAACGGGGGAAUGGUUGGGACUGCAGUCGCCCUGUCCAAUGCUCUGGGUCUAAACCGCGACCCUUCCAACUGGAAUAUUCGUCCAAUGGAGAAAGGGUUUCGGAUUCGCAUUUGGUGGCUCGUUCUAAUACAUGACCGCUGGUGCAGUUUGGCCUACGGGACCCCCCUCCAGAUCCACUGUGCGCAAUACGACGUGCCCUAUCCGACCAUGGACGACCUUUGUCCCCCCAAUGCAUCUCCUUCUCAAAUAGCAGCUGCCCUGGUCUUCCUCUCUUUGAUCACACUCACCGAAUUGUUGGGUACGUAUCUUCAACACGUGUACAAGGUGUCCGAGAGCUCGCCGUAUCCGCCAGAAACGUCUUCCGUGGACCUCGAGCGGCUUCUCACCGAUUGGGAAGAAUCUUUGAGCGACGAUAUCCGUCGCAUAGUGCUCCGAGGGACACACUUAGAUGCUCCAGGGGCAGCAAAUUUCCGACUAGCCUACCUAGCAGUCAAGCUUUUGCUCAGACGCAUCCAACUCGACCUCGACGCGGAUACCAUGAAAGCCGACGACGACACCACCUCUCCAUUCUACACACAAGCACAAAGAGCUGCGGAAGAAAUUGUCCAUCUGGUAAAGGAGCUAGACGAGUCACAUCUCCGCGGAUUCUGGAUCCCUGUGCAUGCCUUCUCCUUGACCUCCGCCACCACCUUCUUGCUCCGAAGCGGCCUUCGUAGAAGGAAUGCACGCUCCAACGCCCCCCUCAACCUUGCCAAAGAUAUGGUCAGUAUACUCCGAUCACAUCGAAACAGGUUUUCUUGGGAUCUUGCGGACAACUGUUUGGCAACAUGCAGCGAUUUAGUCGAGAAUCUGAGCUCUGGCGACGCUGGGAACGAUUCCUUGUCUGCUGUGCCCGCUUUCCAAGAACUUGAUUUCUGUAACCCGGCUUUUCUGGAUGAACUGCUUCUCGGGUUCCCGGGACUUUCAGAUUCGGUUGAGAAUUGA